GUUCCUUGACCUGCACACUCCGUUUGAGUACUUAAUCCUGGCCACCAUCAUCGCCAACUGCAUCGUACUGGCCCUGGAGCAGCACCUACCAGCCAGCGACAAGACACCUAUGUCAGAACGCCUGGAUGACACAGAGCCCUACUUUAUUGGAAUAUUCUGUUUCGAGGGCGGCAUUAAGAUCAUCGCCUUGGGCUUUGCAUUUCACAAAGGCUCAUACCUCCGCAACGGCUGGAACGUAAUGGACUUUGUGGUCGUCCUCACUGGGAUCCUGGCUACGGUGGGCUCAGACUUUGACCUAAGGACUCUGCGGGCGGUGAGAGUACUCAGACCUCUCAAACUGGUGUCUGGCAUCCCCAGUCUUCAGGUGGUAUUGAAGUCUAUCAUGAAGGCCAUGGUGCCUCUGCUCCAGAUAGGCAUGCUGCUCUUCUUCGCCAUACUCAUGUUUGCCAUCAUCGGAGUGGAGUUCUACAUGGGCAAGUUCCACUCCACCUGCUUCACUGUCGACACCGGUGAGCGUGCAGCAGCGUUCCCCUGUGGUACGGAGGCCCCAUCCAGGAUGUGUCCUAACGGUACAGAGUGUACAGAGUACUGGAUCGGCCCCAACUAUGGCAUCACCAACUUUGACAACAUCCUGUUCGCCGUGCUCACGGUCUUCCAGUGCAUCACCAUGGAGGGAUGGGUGGACAUCCUCUACAACGCCAAUGAUGCCUCGGGGAACACCUGGAACUGGCUCUACUUCAUCCCCCUCAUCAUCAUCGGAUCCUUCUUCAUGCUCAACCUGGUCCUGGGUGUCUUAUCAGGGGAGUUUGCCAAAGAGAGAGAGCGUGUGGAGAAGAGGCAGGACUUUCUGAAGCUGCGCCGACAGCAGCAGAUAGAGAGAGAGCUGACGGGGUACCUGGAGUGGAUAUGCAAGGCAGAGGAGGUGCUGCUGGAGGAGGAGGAUGAGAACGCGGAGGAGAAGUCCCCUCUGGAUGGUGCGUGGUACAAGAGGAAACAGAACCUCCCAGUGUUGAAACGAGGCAAGGUCAAGAAGAGUAAGAAAGACCUGAUCGGUGCUGAGGAGGGAGAGGAUCACUUUACUGACAUGUCCUCUGUCGCUCCCCCUGGCUCACCGUUUGGCCGGGCCAGCGUGAAGAGCAUUAAGCUGGACAGCUCAUCCUACUUCCGCCGCAAGGAGAGGAGAAUGCGUUUCUUCAUCCGUCGCAUGGUCAAAGCCCAGAGCUUCUACUGGACAGUCCUUUGCCUGGUGGGGCUCAACACACUGUGUGUGGCCAUCGUCCACUAUGACCAACCUGAGUGGCUCACCACUGCCCUGUACCUGGCAGAGUUUGUGUUCCUGGGUCUGUUCCUAUCUGAGAUGAGCCUGAAGAUGUACGGCCUGGGAGCCAGGAACUACUUCCAUUCCUCUUUCAACUGCUUCGACUUUGGUGUGAUAAUAGGGAGUAUACUUGAGGUGGUGUGGUCGAUGAUCAAACCAGGGGCAUCCUACGGCAUUAGUGUACUGAGGGCUCUUCGUCUGCUCAGGUUGUUCAAGUUUACCAAGUACUGGAACUCCCUGAGGAACCUGGUGGUGUCUCUGCUCAACUCCAUGAAGUCCAUUAUCAGCUUGCUCUUCCUCCUCUUCCUCUUCAUUGUGGUCUUUGCUCUGCUGGGCAUGCAGCUUUUUGGAGGACAGUUUAAUUUCGAAGAGGAGACGCCGACGACCAACUUCGAUACCUUCCCGGCGGCCAUUCUCACCGUCUUCCAGAUUCUGACUGGCGAGGAUUGGAAUGCAGUAAUGUAUCAUGGCAUUGAGUCUCAGGGGGGCGUGCGGCGGGGAAUGUUCUCCUCGGUCUACUUCAUCGUCCUCACACUCUUUGGAAACUACACUCUCCUGAACGUCUUUUUGGCUAUCGCCGUCGACAACCUCGCCAAUGCACAGGAGCUCACCAAGGAUGAGGAGAAGCAGGAGGAAGAAGCCAAUAAGAAGCUGGCCCUGCAGAAGGCCAUGGAGGUGAAGGAGGUCAGCCCCAUGUCAGCAGCCAACAUCUCCAUCGCUGUUUUUGUAAAGCAAAAUCGAGAUGUACUCUCUCGCAGCUCGUCCGUCUCCAGCGUACAUUCACCUAAGGAGCAGCAGAGAGCCAAUAAGAUGAUGUCGGUGUGGGAGCAGCGCACCAACCAGCUGCGUCAAAACAACUUGAGGGGCAGCUCAGAGGCUCUGUUCAAUGAGCUGGACCCAGAGGAACGACUGCGUGUCUCCUCCGCCCUCCACCUGCACCCCGAUAUGAAGACCCACAACGACCGCCCCCUAGUGGUGGAGCCAGGCAAUGGGGACAAACCACGACCCCCCAAGGAGGACAGAGAUGGAGCAGACCCCCAGCAAGAGGGAGGAGACCCCCACGGCCCACAACUCCGCAAGCACCACCGUCACCGGGAGAGGAAUGGGGAGAACGGGGAGAGCAGGCAUCACACCCACCACAGCCGCAGUAGGGACCACUACCACCCAGACGGGCCCCGGCCUAAAGAAGGAAAGGUGGAGAGGAGCCAUAGUCGAGAGGGGGGCCAGGGCCACAGGCACCAUCACCAGGCUGGAUCCCCGGAGGAAGGGGUGAACGGAGGGGCGGAGGAGAGGGAGCACCGCCACCACCACUCCCACAGACAGCCCCGAGAAGAGAACGGGGCCCUGGCUAACGGGGCCAGAGUGGAGAGGAAGGGCCGGGGGCACAAGGAGGGGAAUGGAGAGGGGAACGGAGAGAGGAGGAGAUACCGCUCCCACAUGGUCAGGGCCCAGUCAACUCUGGAUGGAGAGGAAUGCAGAGAGAAUGGAAAGAGAGAUGGAGACAGGGACCAGGGACACAGAGCUUCACUGGACGCUCAAGGGGAGAGCCUAGCCACCAGCCCUGUGCAGCCUCCUGCAGGUCUGCAGGCCGGAGAGAAGCAAGAGGAUGCCGACAACCAGAAGAACAGCCACAGAGCCAGCCAGGCAGGCCUCAACAGCAAUACUGUCCACAUCCCUGUCACCAUCACCGCCCCGCCCAGAGAGACCACCAUCAUACCCAUGAAUAACAUAGACUGUGAGAGCCUCCCCCUGAACGAGGAGAAGAAGAACUUAGAGGAGGAUGAGGAGGAGCUGAAGAACGGCCCCAAACACAUUCUACCCUACAGCUCCAUGUUUGUGUUCGGGCAGACCAACCCGGUGCGUCGGCUGUGUCACUACGUGGUGAACCUGCGUUACUUUGAGAUGUGUAUCCUGUCGGUCAUCACCAUGAGCAGCAUAGCCCUGGCUGCUGAAGACCCUGUACAGGCCAAUGCACCCCGCAAUAACGUGCUCAAGUAUCUGGACUACGUCUUCACGGGAGUGUUCACCUUUGAGAUGGUGAUUAAGAUGAUAGACCUGGGACUGCUCCUCCAUCCUGGUUCAUACUUCCGCGACCUCUGGAACAUCCUGGACUUUAUCGUGGUCAGUGGAGCUCUGGUGGCGUUCGCCUGCUCAGGAACUAAAGGCAAGGACAUCAACACCAUCAAGUCCCUCAGGGUGCUGCGAGUCCUGAGGCCCCUGAAGACCAUUAAACGACUGCCCAAGCUCAAGGCUGUGUUUGACUGUGUGGUCAACUCUCUGAAGAACGUGCUCAACAUCCUCAUUGUCUACAUGCUCUUCAUGUUCAUCUUCGCUGUGAUCGCUGUGCAGCUGUUCAAGGGCAAGUUCUUCUACUGCACCGACGAGUCUAAAAGUCUGGAGAAGGACUGCAGGGGUAAGUUUCUGGACUAUGACCGUGAUGACGUGGCUGCCCAGGAUCGUGAGUGGAGAAAGUACGAGUUCCAUUAUGAUAACGUGCUGUGGGCCUUCCUCACCCUCUUCACCGUCUCCACCGGGGAGGGCUGGCCAAUGGUCCUAAAGCAUUCUGUAGAUGCCACCUAUGAGGACCAGGGUCCCAACCCAGGCUUCCGUAUGGAGACCUCUAUCUUCUACGUGGUCUACUUUGUGGUCUUUCCCUUCUUCUUCGUCAACAUCUUUGUGGCUCUCAUCAUCAUCACCUUCCAGGAGCAGGGAGACAAGGCCAUGUCAGAGUGUAGUCUGGAGAAGAACGAGAGAGCUUGUAUCGACUUUGCCAUCAACGCCAAGCCUCUGACGCGCUACAUGCCAGCAGACAAGCAGUCGUUUCAGUAUAAGAUGUGGAAGUUUGUGGUGUCGCCGCCCUUUGAGUACUCCAUCAUGACCAUGAUCGCACUCAACACUGUGGUGCUGAUGAUGAAGUUUCACGGUGCUCCGGAGCUGUACGAGGCCAUGCUGAAGUACCUGAACAUCGUGUUCACAGCUCUCUUCACACUGGAGUGCAUCCUGAAGAUCAUCGCUUUUGGACCACUGAAUUACCUGAAGGCAGCCUGGAACGUGUUUGACUUUGUGACAGUUUUGGGGAGUAUCACGGACAUCUUGGUCACAGAGAUUAAGGACAAGCUGAUCAACCUGAGUUUCCUGAGGCUUUUCAGGGCGGCCAGGCUCAUCAAGCUAUUGAGGCAGGGCUAUACCAUCCGCAUUCUGCUGUGGACCUUUGUCCAGUCCUUCAAGGCCCUACCUUACGUCUGCCUCCUCAUCGCUAUGCUCUUCUUUAUCUAUGCCAUCAUAGGCAUGCAGGUGUUUGGAAACAUUGAGCUGAAUGAGGAAUCGGCCAUCAACCACCACAACAACUUCCAGACAUUCUUUCAGGCUCUGAUGCUUCUGUUCAGGAGUGCAACAGGCGAGGCGUGGCAUGAGAUUAUGCUGUCGUGUCUGAGUAACCGUCCGUGUGAUAAGCUGUCAGGGUCCGGAGGGAAGGAGUGCGGCAGUGACUUUGCUUACUUCUACUUUGUCUCCUUCAUCUUCCUCUGCUCCUUCCUGAUGCUCAACCUUUUUGUGGCGGUCAUCAUGGACAACUUUGAGUACCUAACCAGAGAUGCCUCCAUCCUGGGGCCUCACCACCUGGACGAAUUUAUCCGCGUCUGGGCCGAGUACGACCCUGCUGCCUGUGGCCGUAUGACCUACCUUGAUAUGUACGAGAUGCUCCGCCACAUGUCCCCUCCGCUAGGUUUGGGAAAGAAAUGCCCGCCCAGAAUCGCCUAUAAGCGAUUGGUCAAGAUGAACAUGCCCAUCGCCGAUGACAAUACAGUGCACUUCACGUCCACGCUGAUGGCUCUCAUCCGCACCGCUCUGGAGAUCAAACUGGCAUCUGGGGUGCUGGCUCAGCGCCUGUGUGAUGCUGAUCUGAGGAAGGAGAUCUCCAGAGUCUGGCCUAACCUGCCUCAGAAGACUGUUGACCUGCUGGUCACACCAUAUAAAAUUGAUGAGUUCAAUGAGCUCAUAUGCCCCUUUGCGGUUGUAAACCGAGAGCUGACAGUGGGGAAGGUCUAUGCUGCCCUCAUGAUCUUUGACUACUACAAGCAGAACCGGGCCAAGAGACUAGAACAGCAACUGGGACUGGACUUCACAGGGACAAUUAAGAAUAAAAAGGGUGCAGCCUUCUUCCGCCCCAUGAUGCCCAUGACCCAUCUGCAGGAGGAGACGCCAAUCACCACUGCCAAGCCCCCGCCCCCCUCACAACCUGAACCAGAGCCUCAGCCAGAGCCUCCGCCCGCCACCUCCUCUCUAACCAAUGGUGACACAGUACCAAGCCCUAGAAGUGCCAUAAAAGAGUCCGUAUCAGGAGAUCAGCUGUCUCAGGAGGGCCAGCGGUCCAGCACUAGCAGUCGGACUCUACAGAGGGGCCAGUCAGAGGACGUGCCCUACUCCAUCAAACCUCAGGAAUCAGUGGAGAUGAGGCAGGUGGAGAACGGUGCUGAUUUAGAGGGCUACUUUGGUCUGGAGGGCCAUGGCAGAGCAGCUUCCAUGCCUAGACUGGACUCCCAGUACUAUCGGAACCACCCUCGCCACCUACCUGGGACCUACCUGGCACCUAUACCUGACAUCAGUCCUAUCAGGCGGUCGGCGUCCACGUUGGCUUCCCAGCGCCCCCAGGAGGUGAGUCUGAGUGACUACACCCUGGAGAGGCCUAGCCAAGCCCAGGCCCAGUCGUCCUCAGUCCCAGGCCAGGCCCAGGACAGGCCCUACCACCAUCACCACCAUCACCGCUGUCACAGACGCAGGGACAAGGAGAGGGACAAGAAGCAGAAGUCACUCGACAGGACAUCCAGCGUGCAGCCUUCUAGUAUAGCAGGUUUGCCUGCUGACCCUGCCGUGGAGGGCUUGUCCGGGGAGCGGGCGAGGGAGCGUGACCGAGGCAGGCCUCAGGAGAGAAGGCAUCACUCUGCUGCCGGGGAGAAGCAGCGCUACUACUCCUGUGAGCGCUACGGAGGCAGGGAGCACUACCACACCAAGUCAGCCGGCCCGAGCCGCUCCACCUCCCCUGGAGAGACCCAUGACCUAGGCCUCUUCAAGCAGAGUAUCGGCAUGGCUAAAGGCAGCCAAGUGGUCUUAACUUCAGCGUUCAGCACACCCUGCCGUGGGCGCAGACAGCUCCCCCAGACCCCCCUCACCCCCCGCCCCGCCGUGGCCUACAAGACCGCCAACUCCUCACCUGUGCAGUUUGGUGCCACGGGGCACAAAUCCAGUCUCAGCCGUGGCCUCUCGGAGCAUAGCGCGCUGUUGGAGUCACCCGCCAUGCCCGUCACCCGCAUCGGCUCAGACCCCAACCUGAGCCCCCAGUUGCGGGGUGCCCCUCCACGCAGCCUCCCUGAGGAGCCUGAUGACUUCCAGGACGCUGUGAGCACCCAUGGAGGGGGAGGUGGCCGCUCCCCCAGGACCUCUGCCUCAGCAUCCCAUGGGGCUGCUGAGCCUUCCUCUGCACCUGCCCCACAAGGCCGGGCUGCGGUCCCAAACGGGUACCACUUCACUCUGGGGGUCAACGCCGGUUCGAGUUCCAGCACCAGAGGAACUGGGAGCUUCCGGGAGAAGGAAGAGGAUGACUGGUGCUAGCGUAGCUUACAUCCCCCUUCACAUGUCUGAAAGCGUUUUAGCUUGAACGUUGAUGAACUCGCUCAUCUUUUGUACAGAUUACAGUACAGUGUUGAUAAUGUAUAACAUAUGCCAUUUAGCAGACGCUUUUAGCCAAAGCAACUUACAGUCAUGCGUGCAUACAUUGUAUGUAUGGGUGGUCCCAGGACUCAAACCCACGAUCGUGGCGUUGCAAGCACCAUGCUCUACCAACUGAGCUACAGAGGGCCACAUGUCAGUUGAUGUCAGUUCCUGCAUGCUCAUAGGUGGCCAAUGGAGACAGGUAUAUUCCAAGAUGUGUUAAACAUACAGGAAGUACUCUGAAAAGGAAAACCAUUCUUCGGGACGUUUUCUCUUUUCUAGGCAAAUGGCACUAAAGGAUGAAGGACACCUGAUAUUACAUUUUCUCAAUUCCAUUCUUGCACUGAAAUGAAAGCUUUGAUGGUGUGCAGAGCACAUGUGAAAUCCCUGUGAAUAUUUAAAGCGGUGGCCAGUGAAAUAGUUUUAAUAGAUGAAAAAAAAAGCCUAAAUGUCUUCCUACUGUCUUUGGAGGAAAACAACUAAGACUGUGAACUGUGUUUCUCUACAGUAUUGACCAGAUAAAAGCCUUUCUCUCCCCAUCUGUCCAGAUCUAAUAUGGGAUUACGUGCUAUUGCUGGCUAAAGGACAAAACACACCGUGCCUACGAACGGUUAAAAGCAGAGGGUGGCUGUCCUGUCGCCAGAAUAACGGGCGCCGUACUCUAUUAAUAACCAGACGAUUCUACACGAUGAAUCGCGCCUGCUAGUUGACUCCCAGCUGGUGAUGUACUGUGCAUGGCCGACGUUCGUUAUGGUGUGUCUUGUCCUGUGGUGUGUCUGCUGGCACUGGAAGUAAUAUGAGUAGAACCAGGAGGAACAAGUGAUGAUAAUGAUGCACUACCACCCAAUCCCUUCCCUCUCUGCAGAAAAUCCUUUAGUAUCUCUUGAACUCUUUCUACACAAGAGUGUUGUUAGACUCCUGUAGGUACACUCUUAGAAAAAAAGGGUUCCAAAACGGUUCUUAGGCCCAUAGGAGAACCCUUUUAGGUUCCAUGUUGAACUCUCUGUGAAAAGGGUUCUAUAUGGAACCCAAAAGACUUCUACCUGAAAUCAAAAGGGUUCUACCUGGAACCAAAAAGGGUUCUCCUAUGGGGACAGACGUAUAACCCGUUUGGGUUCUAGAUAGCACCUUGUUUUCUAAGAGUGUAUUACCAGAGUCAUAUAUAGAGAGUUGAGCCAAUGCACUUUCUGUCUGAAUGUUCAGAGACGGCCACUUUCUCCUCCAUAGCUGUUGCUAAGUGAUAAUUGGCAUUGUGCAGACUUGGAUACACAUCAUUCCAAAUGCUAAUCAAUACAAAUGUAUGUUAAUUUCGCUGCUCUGUUUUGCUUGUUUACAGCGGGUCAUUUCUUAGCGAACUGUCAGACGCGCUCUCGUAUUGUUACAUCCAACAUUUCAAGAAUAAAGUUCUACAUGGGUUCUAACAUGGCGGCUGUUCUAAAACCUGGCCUAACUCUCUCAUUCUAUAACUCUGGGUAUUACAGUAAGAUGCAUUACGGAGAGUAUAUGGUUAAGUAGGUAUAGUAUUGCUGCUGUUUUCCCGUGUCACCUAUGACAUGUUGAACUAUUUCUGAACAACAACAAAAAACACAAAACACAGAAGGACCGAAGAUUCUAAUUUAUUUUUUAUGGAACUAUAACAUUAAAUGGAAUAUCUUUUCAUGAUGUUCAUUUUUUGUAAGUUGUACAUAAUGUAAAUGAUAUGAGUGUAGUUGGGUAGGUCAAGUCUUUCUAACGUACUGCUCUAGUGGCUGAAUACCAAGUGCCUAUCAUUAUAUAUAUAUGUUAUUAUAGUUACAAUGCAGCCUGACUUUUGUGAUGUAUCAACACUGGAGAGGAGAGGAUGGAACAUAUGAUAUAGGGUUUACAGUAUAUGAGGUAUAUAUAGUCACUGUUAUGCAUAUGAGUAAGAAUGUAUAUACACUGCUCAAAAAAAUAAAGGGAACACUAAAAUAAUACAUCCUAGAUCUGAAUGAAUGAAAUAUUCUUAUUAAAUACUUUUUUCUUUAUAUAGUUGAAUGUGCUGACAACAAAAUCACACAAAAAUUAUCAAUGGAAAUCAAAUGUAUCAACCCAUGGAGGUCUGGAUUUGGAGUCACACUCAAAAUUAAAGUGGAAAACCACACUACAGGCUGAUCCAACUUUGAUGUAAUGUCCUUAAAACAAGUCAAAAUGAGGCUCACUAGUGUGUGUGGCCUCCACGUGCCUGUAUGACCUCCCUACAACGCCUGGGCAUUCUCCUGAUGAGGUGGCGGAUGGUCUCCUGAGGGAUCUCCUCCCAGACCUGGACUAAAGCAUCCGCCAACUCCUGGACAGUCUGUGGCGCAACGCCGCGUUGGUGGAUGGAGCGAGACAUGAUGUCCCAGAUGUGCUCAAUUGGAUUCAGGUCUGGGGAACGGUCAGUCCAUAGCAUCAAUGCCUUCCUCUUGCAGGAACUGCUGACACACUCCAGCCACAUGAGGUCUAGCAUUGUCUUGCAUUAGGAGGAACCCAGGGCCAACCGCACCAGCAUAUGGUCUCACAAGGGGUCUGAGGAUCUCAUCUCGGUACUUAAUGGCAGUCAGGCUACCUCUGGCGAGCACAUGGAGGGCUGUGCGGCCCCCCAAAGAAAUGCCACCCCACACCAUGACUGACCCACCACCAAACCGGUCAUGCUGGAGGAUGUUGCAGGCAGCAGAACGUUCUCCACGGCGUCUCCAGACUCUGUCACGUCUGUCACGUGCUCAGUGUGAACCUGCUUUCAUCUGUGAAGAGCACAGGGCGCCAGUGGCGAAUUUGCCAAUCUUGGUGUUCUCUGGCAAAUGCUAAACGUCCUGCACGGUGUUGGGCUGUAAGCACAACCCCCACCUGUGGACGUCGGGCCCUCAUACCACCCUCAUGGAGUCUGUUUCUGACCGUUUGAGCAGACACAUGCACAUUUGUGGCCUGCUGGAGGUCAUUUUGCAGGGCUCUGGCAGUGCUCCUCCUGCUCAAAGGCGUAGGUAGCGGUACUGCUGCUGGGUUGUUGCCCUCCUACGGCCUCCUCCACGUCUCCUGAUGUACUGGCCUGUCUCCUGGUAGCGCCUCCAUGCUCUGGACACUACGCUGACAGACACAGCCAACCUUCUUGCCACAGCUCGCAUUGAUGUGCCAUCCUGGAUGAGCUGCACUACCUGAGCCACUUGUGUGGGUUGUAGACUUCGUCUCAUGCUACCACUAGAGUGAAAGCACCGCCAGCAUUCAAAAGUGACCAAAACAUCAGCCAGGAAGCAUAGGAACUGAGAAGUGGUCUGUGGUCACCACCUGCAGAAACACUCCUUUAUUGGGGGUGUCUUGCUAAUUGUCUAUAAUUUCCACCUGUUGUCUAUUCCAUUUGCACAACAGCAUGUGAAAUGUAUUGUCAAUCAGUGUUUCUUCCUAAGUGGACAGUUUGAUUUCACAGAAGUGGAGUUACAUUGUGUUGUUUAAGUGUUCCUUUUAUUUUUGGAGCAGUGUAGUUGUAAAGCAAAGGGAGGUUUACUGAAUUCAAGGAAUACAGUAACAAAGUUUUCUCUUUGAACCUCCAAUGAGGAAAAGAAUGCAACACAUUUUUUUGUAAUGAUUAUGUAAAAUAGAGUUAUAAGUAGGUCAGAACUACAGAUCUAAAGCAAGCAAUGUAAUGCAUGCCAGGGUUUUGAACUUGUUGAAGUUGUAUAUACUUUUGCUAAAGGGUGUAUACAGAGCUUUUGCCUUUCUCUUCCAAAAAUAUACAGUACUGCCAGAGUUAGAUGGAAGGCAAAGGGUUCCAAGGGAAAAAGUGCCAUUUGUGAUUCCCUCCAACUAGGAAAGUUUCACUUUACGUGUUCUUAUUGAUAGAAACAAUAUAUUCAAGUAUCAUGUUUAUUAACACUUGCCUCAUAUCUCUCAUAUAUGAAGAGAAGUAGAUUACAUGUACAGUAUGCUUAUGAAUUCUGCCACUUUUGCCCAUAUCGCAUGGGUUUGUUUUCCUCCAAAUAUAUUUCUCCUGAAGGCAGGGUUGUGUGAAGGCCUUCACUAACUGAUACAUAGCCUACAACUUUGUGUCUUCGCAGGUAUUGAAGGGUUGCGUUGACAGUUGACUCUUUCAAGUAGGGCUAUGCAACAAGGUGACACUUUUGGACUAACUCUCACUUGCCCUGUAACUUUACCCUCUGGGUUCUCCAGAUUCAGGCUUUAGCAUGAUUGUGACCAAAUUUUACUUAGGAUUUAUUUACAAAGAGUUGUAAAAAUGCAAAUGUAGUAUAUAAUGUACAUUGAAAUGCAUUGGCAAAGGCACAAUUAUUAUAAAUUGAAUUAUGUCAAACAGGGCAUUUUGAGUUCAGCAAGUCUAUUGCAUGUAACCUGAUAGAACCACCCAGAUGUAAAAAUGUGUUUGUUUUUAUUGUACUGAAUCAGAAAUCACAUAUUUAUUUUGUUUUCUAACAUCAGAUAUAUUGUGCAAUCUAUUUGAUGGAUCGUUAAAAGGUGAAGUAUUAGACUUUGAAUCGAAGUCUUUACAUUUGAACAUGGCUAUUUAUAGGGGAAGGUACAGUAGCAUUGUAGAUUGCAAGAAUCUUCCUUGGCCUCUAAAGGUCACUUUAUGGUGCCCUAGUUGAGGAGAAAGCAGUGUGCACCCAUAGAUCUGUGAACAGAUCCUUUAUUCUUUCAACCUCACCCACCCCACCCCAAACCCCCGUUAAUUAGAGUGCCAAUUUUAAAACCGCACCAGUUUGUCUCGGCAUACCUCAUCCAGUUUUCCUGUGGCUAUAUUCCCUGGACAUGUCAUGUUUGCAUGUUAUGAAAAGUAUGUGCAUGUGCAAAAAAAACAAUUUUCUUUAUACAAUCUAUUCACCGGUUGUACUUUCUGAAGAUCUUUAAUACAUAUGUUUUUGUUUCUGGAAAGACAAAAGAGCUUAAAUAUCAACAUUUAAACAAAAGUAUUGAACUAUAUUUGAACCAUAUGUGUGGUUUAGUGAAGAAGGGUUGUUUUCUGAGGUUCUGGAGCAACUGGGUCCUUUACUGUCGAAUACGUUAUAUGACUGUCAAUCCUACAGUCAUUUAUACCAUUACAUUUUGUAUGAAUUGAAGUCCUUAAAUAAAGAUAUAUGAAAAUGAA